AUGCCAUUGAAAAUCCAACGCUUCAGCAUCAUGCCCCAGACCAAAACUGAAGAAACCAUGUUGCAACACAUGCAUCCCAUAGCCCAACGUGUGUUUGACAGUUUCGUUUGGACUUCUCGUGUGAGAUACAGGCUGAUGACCGAAGAGAUGAACUGGUUUCAUCAGUCAGUGAGCGACAGGUUUGUCAAGGACUUCAGUGUUCCCUAUCAAGUUUGCAACUGGAAGCCUGAUUGGGGGCGAAUUGAUCUAAAAACCAUCAAGGAGCACAUAUCAACCCAUAUAUUUACCAUGGAAAUGAGUUAUAUGGUACAGCGCCGCCUUGCUGUCCCCCUGACAGGGUUAAGGGAAAGGCUUGAUGAGGUUCACCCAUUUACAGAUGUCUUGGACCGCUUGGGGCAGCCAAGCAUCAUGUUGAUCAAUUAUGGUGGUCAAACAUUACCUAUCAUGUUACUUGCCUCGAAAAGCAUUGAAGACAAUGAAGGGUGGGAAGCACUGCACAGCGAAAUAUUAGACAAGAUACCAAAAGCAAACAAAGGUGCAGCCACACCAGUAACCCCAGUUCCAGCAGCUCUGAGCAGCACACCAACCGCAGAGCGCAGGCAGCCACAACCAUGCCAGGGCGAACCACCCCCCACCCCACAGAACACCGCCCUGAGGGCCCCAUCCCCCCCCCAGUGGAGACUGCCCGACCCUUUGACACACGGGUUGGGUACCACAGGGCCUUCCCCAUUGCUCGAUGCAGUCAAUGCUGGUAUCGGUGUUGACAUCAUUACUCCAGCACAUGCACCUGCGACCCCUGCCAAAACUACCCCUGCCACACCAUCUGCCACUUCGUUUGACCUAACAGAGUUCAACACUCCUACUGCAACCCAAAGUGGAUCAAGCAUUUGCACCGACUUCCCUGGGACUACCACCACUCCUGGAUCCAUGCAAUUAGUUUCAAACAUCUCACUGCCAGACAGACGCACCGAUCUAGCACCAACCCAACGUCACCUUCCUCUGACUUAA